AUGUCAUCAACUUUACCACCACCAGACGUAAAUACAAACUCAACCUACAAUGCCCCUGUUGUUCCUUCUUUGAUGUCAGUAAACCAACAGGUGGUUACUCCACAAAGUGAUCCGCUUCAUCAAGAUGUACAAGGCGAACAACCACCAAUGCCUCUCCCUCCACAGGCACCAACAUAUAACCCAAAUACUUACCAGCAAAAUUACACGCCUACUUCAUAUGCUGGACAACAGGCCCCACCUUACUACAUGCCACAGACUUACCAAACUGAGACCGCCUACAUGGUACCACCACAACAACAUUCCACCAUUUACGUUGAUGACUCACACAAAGAAAAACAACCACUAUUCAAUGAAAAAGACAUUGAAAAGGCUCAAAAGGAGGCAGCCACAUUCAACUUAACGUUGAUGUUUUUCAUUCUCGGGUUUUGCAUUGCGUGUUUCUGGUUAAUGGCGUUUGUCGUGUCGCGCAAAGGGAAGAGUGUGUCGACGAGAUGGAUGGGAAAUUUCUCGUUAAUGAUAUUCACAACAGAGGUUUUAAUUUCCUUUAUCUUCAUGUGCAUCUAUGCCUUUUAA